AAGUUUUCUCACAUUCCAUGUCUGACAUUCCAGUGCAAAUUAGCUGAGAAUUUCACCGUAAUUGGUAGAAAAGUUUUCUGAAAGUUUCACGUUUGCUCCAGUUUUAUUUAUAUUUUUUUUUGUGGAAUUAAUUUUUUGCUUGAUGUGCUAUUUUGUAAAAUGAAAUCGAGAAUUUUUUUUUAAAUAGAAUUUCGGAAAUUUUACAAGUAUUUCUUAGAAAUAUCAGGUUUUCCAGACAUCUGAAAGCGCAGCAAGAAUCAAGAUUCAUGAAGUAUAAAAUAUGAAACUUUUGGUUUUUAAUUAUCGUCUGCAAUAUAUUUAAUUCUUUGCUGGUAAAUAUGGUUGAAAGUUUCACCUAACGCUUAAGAUAAUACGAAGUUAGCUUUUAAUUCAUUUCAAGAUGAAUAUGUCUGGUCCUACGAUUUCGCCAUCGUACAUAUCCGAUUUAGAGUGGAGUUGCUACUUCCACCCCAAUGAAUCUGACAGCAAUCUCACCUGCCUCUACGAACCUGAAAUGCGUGAGCCCAAGGAUCCAUCCUAUUAUUCCCUUAAGUACCAGAUUGUUGGAACUGUAUUCCAAGGCAUUGUCCUCAUUGUGGGCAUUUUGGGAAACAUCAUGGUUGUCAUCGUCGUUACACGUACUCGUAGUAUGCACACUCCUACCAACUGUUACCUGGUGAGCUUGUCCAUCGCAGAUUUUAUGACUCUUAUAGCCUCGGUCCCGAAUGAAAUACUUGCAUACUAUCUUCUUGGAGACGAGUGGAUCUGGGGACGUGUCGGUUGUGCCAUUUUCAUCUUCCUCCAGUAUCUAGGCAUCAAUGUAUCCUCGUUAUCCAUAACCGCUUUCACAGUGGAAAGGUACAUAGCCAUAUGCCACCCGAUGAAGGCCCAGAUAGUGUGCACAGUUAGCAGAGCAAAGAAGAUCAUAAUAUUUGUCUGGAUCUUUGCUUGUUUAUAUUGCAGCCCUUGGUUGUUUCUUACCAAAACGAAACCUUUACAUUACAAAGGUGUUCAAGAUCGAGAAACCUGCACGUUUGCUCUUUCGCGACAGAACUACUUGGGGUACUUUUUUGCUGACUUUAUACUCUUCUACAUCUUUCCUUUGCUGCUUUCAUGCGUCUUGUACGGGCUGAUUGCCCGGGUAUUGUUUUCAAGGGACAUACAGAAGAACUCUGAUGGAAAAUCGAACGGGAUGGUCAGUCCGCAAGAGUCUAAAACGUCCUCGACGAAUGGAACCAGUGCAAGAGCUCAGGUUGUGAAAAUGCUAGCCGUCGUUGUAGCUGUAUUUGCCACUUUAUGGCUUCCAUACCGAGUCCUGGUUGUAUACAAUUCUUUUGCCAAACAUCGCUACAUGGAGCUGUGGUUCUUGAUGUUCUGCAAAACCAUGAUUUUCAUCAACAGCGCCAUUAAUCCCAUUCUCUACAAUGUCAUGUCCAUUAAGUUUCGCAGGGCUUUCAAGAGGAUGCUGUCUUGUGGCAAAGCUGAGAAGAAGUUUCGAGGUCCAUAUAUCAGCGUUGCGGGCUCGGUUGUUAGACGUCAACAUCAAACCGUGACAUCACAAGUGACCUCAUGCACAAUAGAACAACUGCAGCAGCUUCUGUAAAUUGAAAGAAAAGUGAAUCUCAUAUCAUGGGAAUGUGGAUCAAAUCUUAAUUUCUAUUAAAGUUGUACAUUAUCGUCUUGCUUGAUAACAAAGCUUAUUAUACUAUAUCGUUUAUUAUACUAUUAUCGAUGUUUAAAAUGUUUAAUGUUAUUGAAAGUUUUGUGCCAAAAACUGGCGUCAAACAAAUUGAAAACGUGUUGUGAAUUUUGCGCAUAUUUUUUCCUCAUGAAGUAUUUCGUUAUUGAAUUCUCAUGUUUUAAAUGAAGUAAAGUACGAUUUUUUUAAACAUUUUUUUAUUAUUAAUGUAUUAAAUAUAUAUAUAUAUAUAUAUAUGUGUCUGGCGAUUUUGUGCAUUUUAUAAAAUAUGU